GAAAGAGAACAUAAAAAAAUGGCGGGAAAAGAAGAAUUAGCUUCUGCUUCUUCUUCUUCGUCGAGUCCAAAAAUGGAAGAUCCCGGUGAGACUCCGAUGAACUGGAGAAAGCAAGUAGACGAUAAUUUAAAAAGGCUUCAUUCUCUCCAUUUCGGCGUUGAUUUAGCUCUCGAGAAGCGCGACUACUCCGCUGCUCGUAUAUUGGGGCUUCGCCUCCUCGGCUUCAUCGACUCUCAUUCUCUCACCGACGUUGAUGAGGCUCUCACUCGACCUAUUCGCCGUCAAGCUGUUGCUAUGCUCGACUCAGCUCGCCAAUCACUCGUUCCUGAUUCCGAUCGGCGAGCAUUUGAACUGGCAGGUAGAGCUCCUGGCUGUGUUUUUAGCAAGAAAUCAGAUAUUGACAUUGAGAAGAUUAAGCGGUCAAAGUACUUGUGUGCUCUUCUUCAACAAUAUAAUUAUAAACGGCCUUUAAAUCGAAUGGAAGACCAACUGGAUAGAAGGGAAACAUUGAGCUGCAAGACGUCAGAUGUUGUAAUGCAGGAAAAAUUGACAUCCUUGUAUGGGAACAACUUCUCAAAAGGAAAUAAUGGUCUACAUAAUAAGGCUUUUUUGAACUCCAAAAGUAAAGUCUCUGAUGACUGCAUGAUUGUGGAAAGCAUUCACUCAAAUCACAAUAACUCUAAAGGCCAGGGUCUCUCUACUUACAUGAAAAAUGAAGAUGAAGAAACUGGACAUGGAAAUACUUUGGGAUCAAAACGUUCACAUGAGAACAUCAGUAGCCCCAGAAAUGACAGUGCAAAGUCACCAUCAAGCAAUGGAGAAGUUGAUACAGAUGUUUCAGGCAAUGGAUUUGUGACUGCACGAGCAAAACUGGAAAUGGACACAAGGAGAAAACGAGGGUUGAUGGGAUCACCCAGUGCAUCUGUCUCCCCACAAAGUGAUAACACAAACAGGAGCUAUGGGGUAAGGUCACAUGGCUUUCCACGGCGUGGCAUUCGUGGUAACUUUGUUCCUCCUAUAAAAUCCAAUGGAGGCAAUACUGGGAAUAUGACCUCAAGAGCUGGUGGAAAGAGUGAUGAUGCAUUAGAUGACUCAACAAGGAGAUGUUUGGAGAUGUUAUGUGGUCCUGAUGGUGAACUUCCCGAGAAAUUGAGGAAUCUGGAACCUCGUCUUCUUGAGCAUAUUAGUAAUGAGAUUAUGGACCGGGAUCCAAAUGUGCGGUGGGAUGAUAUUGCUGGCCUGGAUCAUGCUAAAAAAUGUGUGACUGAGAUGGUCAUAUGGCCUCUAUUACGCCCUGACAUAUUUAAAGGUUGUCGUUCUCCAGGAAGAGGCCUUCUUCUUUUUGGUCCACCGGGAACAGGGAAAACAAUGAUUGGAAAAGCUAUUGCCGGAGAGGCAAAAGCAACCUUCUUUUACAUAUCUGCCAGCUCAUUGACAAGCAAGUGGAUUGGUGAAGGUGAAAAGUUAGUGAGGGCCCUGUUUGGAGUUGCCAGUUGUCGUCAGCCAGCAGUAAUUUUUGUUGAUGAAAUUGAUUCAUUGUUAUCCCAGCGUAAGUCGGAAGGUGAACACGAAUCAAGUAGGCGACUCAAAACACAGUUCUUAAUUGAAAUGGAAGGCUUUGACAGUGGCAGUGAGCAAAUUCUACUCAUAGGAGCAACAAAUCGACCUCAAGAACUUGAUGAAGCAGCACGCAGGCGACUCACGAAAAGACUUUAUAUCCCCCUGCCUUCAUCGGAAGCAAGAGCCUGGAUUGCACGUAAUCUUCUAGAAAAGGAUGGACUAUUUAAGCUAUCAGAUGAAGAAAUUGAUACCAUAUGCAAUCUGACUGCAGGUUACUCAGGGUCGGACAUGAAAAACCUAGUGAAGGACGCAUCAAUGGGUCCAUUAAGAGAAGCACUUAAACAAGGUAUAGAAAUUACAAAGCUCAAAAAGGAAGAUAUGAGACCAGUCACCCUUAAGGAUUUUGAAAUGUCUUUGAACGAAGUGAGGCCCUCUGUUUCAUUGAGCGAAUUAGGCACAUAUGAUAAAUGGAACCAACAAUUUGGAAGCUUAGCAAUCUAAUGUUGUGUAAUCGUUAUAGGUUAUAUAAGAAAAAUAAACUAAAUAUAAAAAAGUUAAGAUGCGUUCUUAAUCCUUGUUA